GGUCAAGAACAUCUUCUCUUUGCUGGCCAAAGAAAAGACUGCUGAACACAGGCUCGCUCGACUUGUCUCCUUAACCUAACCUCUAAAUACCGUUCCCUUCAACCUCGCUCGACGUUUCUUCUGAGCUCAAUUUUUCUGUCACCUUUUACCAUAAUGCGCUUCGUAUCUUUUUGUCUCGUGGCCCUUAUUCUUGGGCUCUUUGCCGUCGUUCAUGCCACGCCUGUUAACACGACGCCAACCUCCCAUGCCUUACCACCUGCACCCACACCUACAGUCACGCAGUCCGGCUUGCUCACCAUAACCUAUACCAAUGGUGCCGGUGAACCGGUAGAUCGAGAGGCUAACACGGAGGCAAAGGAAAUGCUUGAAGGGUAUUUCAAGCAGCAAUAUCCCGACCUAAAAAUUGUCUGUAGUUUUACCAACUCGUAUAACAAGAAGGAGGGCUCUAUCCAGUUUCACGCGAAGGGUGAAGCGCUGUUGAAUGGUAAGACGAUUGCGGUUGCUGAUUUCGACGGUUGGGUGGCAUCAAGGCUUGUCAGAGGCAAAUAUGUUGGGGCCGACAAGCUUAGUCGAGAAACCACUAUGAAAAGUAGAUGAGGCCUCAGACCUCACUUACCGUACUAUUCUUCGUGUCCGAGUCACUCGACGUCAAGCAUCGAUGUCAUAUUAUCGCCCAAUCCGAAUCACAAAAGUUCUGCGCGCGCGAUGGAUCUCCUUGGAAAAUGGUCCAA